AUGCAACAAAAAGCUCUGCAAAGGCCAAAUUCUUCCGAGAACAACGAUUUGAAACUGGCUGAUUUUUCCAACGAAACUUUCAUACUAAAUAACAAGACGGAGAAUGCUGCUUUCCGGAAAGCGUAUAAGGCGGGCAAAACGUGGAUUUGCAAACCCAGUGGGUUGAACCAAGGCAUCGGGAUAUUUCUGGUUCGAAGUUUAGACGACCUCGAUGCGAAUUUGAAGGAUUGCAGCAGCAAAAAAUCCCCACCCAAGAAAGAAACGAGUAAUAAGUAUGAAAGAAUAAUUCAGCGAUACAUCGAUCAUCCCUUGCUACUUGACAACAAAAAAAUUGAUAUCCGAGCUUACAUGUUGAUAGCAUCGACUGCGCCUUUCGUAGUGUUCUACCACCCUGGUUAUCUGCGAACCUGCAUUGACGACUAUAAACUAGACGAUAAUAGGUCGCUUUUCCACAGUCAAGAAAACUGGAAAACUGCCGACAACAGCUUAAUUGGCCACUUGAACAAUCAAUAUAUCCAGAAAAGUCAUCCAAGUUACGAAAAGAAAAAAGAUGACACAAUUUGGAGCUACGAAAGAGCCAAUGUGUAUUUGAACCAACACUUCCUUGAAACGAAAGGAAUUGAAGAAGAUUGGUGGUACAAAGUAAUCGAAAAGCAGGCUAAGCGAAUCAUGCUUCGCUGUUUCAACGCUGUAAAAUCCAGAUUGAAAACUCGAAUCGGCACGUUUGAGUUACUGGGUUUCGAUUUUAUGAUCGACGAAAAAAUGAAAGUGUACCUAAUUGAAGUCAACGUGCAGCUAUCUUUGACAACUAAUUGUCAAGUUCUGGACCAAGUUAUACCUCCGAUGGUCUAUGAGUCAAUUGACGUAGUGAUGGAAAUCUGGGAAAAGACAAGACGUGGAGUUCCCAUUAAUCCGAUUCAGAGCAGGCGGAAUAUGGAAGUGUUAUACAACGAGACUACUCAAAGCAAAGUUUGGACACGGAGUCAACAAUCUGCUAAUUAG